AUGAAUUAUUUGAGUAAUCAAAAACAGAUUGGAGUAAUCUUUUAAUUGUAAACAAUAAAUAUAUAUAAUAAUAUCAUUUGUAAAUUUUUAAAGGAAUAAUUGUAAUGUGAAUAGAUUAAUGAUGACUUAUAAUUCUUAAAAUUGAAGUAAGCUGUAUAAAAAAAGUAUAAAGAUCCUAAAUUGUGUAGUCUAUUGAGUAUAUAAUUAUAGAAAUAAGAGAAAAAAAAUAUUUCUGGAUGUGAUGAAGCAUAACUUUUAUAAUAUUUAUUCUAUAAUUCUGAAUUAGAAGAAGAAUGGAAUGUAUUUGUAGAUUCUCUAAUUAAAAAAUUGGAGUUGAAGAAAUAUAUACAAAUAUCUAAUCUAGAUUAUAUACGAGACCUUAAUUACUUUAAGUUGAAUUACCAAUUAAUAGAUUUUUUGAAUUAUUAACUAGUUCAAAUGAGGAAUGACAACUUUUUUCAUUCUUGUUUUUAAGAUAUUGAAAAGAGAAAUGAUGUGAAUCUAAGAAAUGAUGUGAAUCUAAGAAAUGAUGUGAAUCUAAGUAAUGAUAUUUUGAAAACUUUAAUUAAAGGAGAAACUUAAUAUGAUGAAUUGUAUUUAGUAGUUGCUUAAUUUGUUUGCUUAAGUGAAUGAUUUAACAUUUUUUUAUGCACAUUAAUUGGCUCUAUAAAUAAUAUCAUUGAUUUCUAACAGAGAAAUUAUUGAAUACAGAUUUAUUGAAAAUGAAGUUAAAUUAUUGUAAGGAAAUUUAUUGUUAUUGAUCUCUUUAUUGUAAGUUUAUAAUAAUAUUACCGUAGAUAUUGAAUUCACAACAUAUUUAUAUAAAUGUUAAUUGAGUUGCAUAAUGAUUAUUGUAAAAAUACUGCAUCUAAACAAAAAUUAACAAGAAAAAGAGUAUUCUAAUUAUUAUUAGAAUUAUGUAAAGAUGAAUUUCCUCUAGAAGUAUGCUACCUUUGAUUUAAAAUCAUCAUAAAUUGAAGUUCGAUAUAAAGAAGGUAGAUGUGGAGGUUAAAUUCUUGGAGCUCCAUGUUAUAUCAAUUCUUUAUUAUAAUAAUUCUAUAUGAAUAUGCCUUUAAGAAAAGGAAUUUUAAGUAAAUUAUUAUAACUGAAAUGA